GCUCUUUUCACAUGGCGUCAUUUUUUUGUCUCGUUGAACGCAUCACCAUUUAUAGACGUGCGACGCAAAAACGUUAUACUUUAUUUAUUGCUUCGAAUAUUUAUAUUUAUUAUUGUGAAGUUAACUCAGGAAUGUUUAAUUUUACGAAACCAUGAUAAUACGCUAAAAAAGAUGGUCAAUUGAUGAAAUCGCGGUAGGUUUAAUACCCGGAAGUGAGUAAAACGACAGUCGUCCGGUGUAAACAUGACGAGUGACGCGUGCUAUUGCGCAGCUACCAACGCGCAGCAUUUGAACGUCCGUAGUUCGAUCAGCCAUAUUGCCCUGUGGGUCUUACACAACGCCCUCACACGAACGAUUGCAAGUUUACGAGGUAAGCGAAUAUUUCGAGGUUUCCCGUCGUAAGUGGACUCAGCACAACGUGAAAAACUCGUUCUCGCGAAGAAAGACAAUUUUCCGUGGCAUUCGAAGAAGUCCUUAGUGAGCAGUAGCGAGCAGAACACAAAAGAUUGAAAUUGAUACACUGAUACAUUGCUCAUUGAAGAAUAUUCAUGUAUUUAAAAAUUGUAUAAUUGAAUACUCAGUUACAUACAGAUUGGUGAUUUAUAAAUGCCCAAGAUAAUCACUUAUAAUUCAAAAGAACAAAGUGCUAUCUUUUUGUAAUAAUCGAUGACUGAUGAAAAUACGUUUAUAUGAAUUAAUGAUUUCAUCAUGACAAGCAACGUAACGACUAUUAAGUUAGAAGAAGGGCAGGAAUCUGUAACAGAAAUACAAACUUAUUUAGAAACAUUCAACAAGGAAAUAGAAGGGGGUCAAGGAGAGCAAUUGCAACAUGUACAGUUGCAACAAGUGGAAGGACUAUCGGGUGGUGAAGAAGGUGGAACUUAUUUUGUUGAUCAAUCUGGUCAAUAUUAUUACCAAGCAAAUAAUGAUGAAACACCUGUGAUGACACAAGUGCAAAUUCAAGAAGUAGAAGAAGCUGAUGUACAAAAUGAAGGAGAACAUCCUCAAGAAGAACAGUACCAAGAAAUUGAAGAAUUGGAAAAUGUUGAUGGAGAAGAAGAUGGCCAGGUGGCUAACAAUGGAAAUAAUCAAGUUGUAAUAAAUUCUGGGGAUGCAUAUCAAACUGUUACCAUUGUACCAUCAGACACUAAUCCUGGAGAAGUUAGUUAUGUAUUGAUAGUUCAACAACCUGAUUCUGAAGAUAAGGAGAGUAGACCUGUAGAGCGGGAAGGAACAGAGGGUGAAGAAGGAGAAGGUGAACAAGACCUUACUGUUUAUGAUUUUGAGGACAAUGAAGACAAUGAAGCACCCGUUGAAUCAGAAGCAGAAGAUGAUAAAACCAAAAUUAUCAAGUUCCUACCUAAAAAAUCUCAAACUGUUACCCAAGCUCAUAUGUGUAAUUACUGUAAUUACACGAGUCCGAAGCGGUAUCUAUUAUCACGACACAUGAAGUCGCAUUCGGAAGAAAGGCCACACAAAUGCAGCGUUUGUGAAAGAGGAUUCAAAACAUUAGCUUCGCUCCAAAACCACGUUAACACGCAUACCGGGACCAAACCACAUCACUGUAAAUUUUGUGACAGUGCAUUCACGACUUCUGGUGAACUUGUCAGACACGUUCGAUACAGACACACGCAUGAAAAACCGCAUAAAUGUCACGAAUGUGAUUAUGCAUCCGUUGAAUUGUCUAAACUGAAACGUCAUAUUAGAUGUCAUACAGGGGAGCGACCAUAUCAAUGUCCGCAUUGUACAUAUGCAAGUCCCGAUACGUUCAAAUUAAAACGGCAUUUGCGUAUACACACAGGCGAAAAACCAUAUGAAUGUGAUUUUUGUCAAGCAAGGUUUACUCAGUCUAACAGUUUGAAAGCUCACAAAUUGAUACAUAAUGUUGGUGAUAAACCAGUAUUUCAAUGUGAGUUGUGUCCAACGACUUGUGGAAGAAAAACAGAUCUCAGAAUUCAUGUACAAAAAUUACAUACCUCUGAUAAACCUUUAAAGUGUAAGCGCUGCGGAAAAACAUUCCCAGAUAGAUAUAGCUAUAAGCUGCAUAGUAAAACCCAUGAGGGAGAAAAGUGUUAUAAAUGUGAUUUAUGUCCAUAUGCAUCAAUAUCUGCACGUCAUCUUGAAAGCCAUAUGUUAAUUCACACAGAUCAAAAACCAUAUCAAUGUGAUCAUUGUUUUCAAUCAUUCAGACAAAAACAGCUUCUCAAACGGCACUGUAAUCUUUAUCACAAUCCUUCUUAUGUUCCUCCACCACCGCAAGAGAAGACACAUCAAUGUCCCGAAUGUGAACGGCCGUUCAGGCACAAGGGAAAUCUUAUUCGACAUAUGGCUGUUCACGACCCAGAAUCAUCUCUUCAGGAAAAACAACAAGCAUUGAAAAUGGGUAGACAGAAAAAGAUUCAAAUUAUAGAUGGUCAGAGAGUCGAGGUCAUGACAGGUUAUGAAGAAGAAGAAGAAGAUGAAGACGACAUGAUGGCCGUUGAAGGAAGCGAUGGUCAACAGUAUGUUGUAUUGGAAGUUAUUCAGCUGGCUGAUAAUCAAGGAACCGAUCAACAAAUGGCGGUCGUAGCUAGCGAAGAUGGAGAUUUGGUGAUGCAAGAUCCCUUGAGCCAAGAGAGUGGUAUCGUAACGGGUACAGGAGAAGAAGUAGACGAAGAAGAAGAAACCGAAAUUGAGUUAAAAAUAGAUCCGGAACCUACUAAAAAAUCUUCUCAAAACACUCAAAACGAUCCAAAGUUACAAAAAGAAAUGGAAACCUGUUUCGGUUUUGACGAAGAGGAAGAAGAAGAGGAAGAGGAACCUAAUGGCAAUAUAAAUAUAUUGCAAACAAUUUCGUAAUAAGAAACACGAUUGCACGGAAAUCUAUCUACAUAAUAGUCAAAUGUUCUCUCUCGCAGUGUCAAUUUUAUAUACUGUGGGUGCAGUUAAUUAUUAUUUAAAGACUUUGUGCAUAGCUUCGACGGAUCUUUCCCGGGCUAGCAUGAUCAACGUAAAUGGUACAAGAACAUUUUUUGCCACUAGUGCACGAGAUGUAUGUAAUAAUUUAUGAAGAAACAGUAGUUUUGUGGUUUAGUGAAAUGUCAAGCAGGUGUACAAUUAUAGUAUUGUAUAAUAUUAUUUUACUUUAUUAUCAGUGAAAAAAAUUACCUUCUAUAAAAAAAUGGUCAUGAAUCGCCAAAACUGUUACUAACGGAAAGAAAGGUACAUUAGCAGUGUAGGUUGGCAUAAUAUUUUUAAACGAGUUAUUUAAGAACUUUAAUGUAAAAGCGAAACAUAUAGUAAAAUGUUUGAACUGAUUCAUAAUCAGUGAUUGUUGGAAUGUGGUUAAAAAAAGUGAAAUUAUAGGUUAAUGUAAGGCUGCAUUGUAAAUAAAUGCUUACCAUUACACCUCAUUUUACAGAUAAAUAUCAUGUUCUAUAAAUAUCUAGAAGGAAGACAGGUGGCCGAGUUUAAUUGUAUUAAUCGUAUUUUAUGUUAUAUGUGAAUGAUAUUUGCUUACACAUAGUGUUGUAUAUAGAAACAAAUAAUGGAUGAAAUGAGAAGUUUUUCAUUAACCUGGAAGAUACUUAUGAUUGUAUGAGAUUUCGUAAUAAUGACGAAAUUAUGACUUUAUAAAUAAAGUUAAAUUUCUGGUAAAUGUGUAAAGGCAUGGAUGUUAAGGAAUUACAUGUUUCAUGUAUCCUAUUUUAUAAAUACAAAAUUCUUGAAACACUUUAUCUUCCAGGUUAAUCUCGAUUAUUCUAAUAAAACGAAAACAUACGCGGCGAAACGGCAUUGCAUAUAUUACAAUAAAAAAAACGAAAAAAGUAAAAAAAAACAGCGAAACCUCUGGAAGUUGAACCUUUUUUGUGUUGUCUGAUUCUGCGACAAUUGUGAUUUUGUAACAAUCAGAAAUAGCACUUUUCUAUUGAUACAAAUUAUACCUCUAGAUUUCUCUUAUGUAAUGUAGGCAUCGUAUACGUAAUCUUACACACAGUUUUUCAUACAUUGCACGUAAGUUAUUCUAUGUACCUCGUCAAGAUAAGGAACAAAAAAAAUGAAUGCUGUAAAAAACUUGUAAAAUUUUUUUACACUCGAAUUGUACAAUUGUAAUUGAGUGACUGAUGAUUAUUACGUGCUCUUCAAAUUUAAGCACUUUCGUACAUUAUCCCAAAGAAAAACGGUGUAGCAUUUUCUCUAAUAAUAAACGUUAUGUCGUCAAUAAUA